CAGUACAUUGCUGGACUUCCCUGUCCAGCAGCCACAUUGAAACGCGUCAAAGCCUUGUCCGAACCUGUCGUUUUGCGUCCUGUUUCUCCAUGCUUUUUGGUGAGGAUGAAGGCCAUUGAAUAGUCAAAGCAACAGACCACAUGCUUCUGGGUUCGUUUCCAAAUUGAUUCUCAGUUUCUUGGACUUACUCGGUGUAUGGCAGACUAUGUGGAGCUCCUUCUUCGUCAUUCUUUGGUGCCUCUUGGAGAAGAGUGUGGCCAUCAGCAGAAGAUACUACAUUGGAGCCGUGGAGAUAGACUGGAAUUAUGAACCUAACAAUCAAAAGAGGGCAUUCUCCCGCACCACGAUCACUCAGUACAAGAAGGCUGUAUAUAUGGAAUACACGGACUCUACGUUCACACAAACCAAACCUAAGCCAGCUUGGAUGGGUCUUUUGGGCCCAACUAUCCAAGCCGAAGCCCACGACAAAGUGGUUGUGACCUUUAAAAACAUGGCUUCCCAUCCUUUCAGCAUCCACGCGAUUGGAGUGUCCUUUUGGAAAGCUUCUGAAGGAGCCGGCUAUCACGAUCAAACGAGUUGGACCGAGAAAGAAGAUGAUGCGGUGAAACCUGGACAAAUUCACACAUAUGUGUGGGAGAUCUCACAAGAACAUGGGCCAACUGGAGCCGACCCUCAAUGUUUGACUUAUGCCUAUUCCUCCAAAGCGGACAGCGUAAAGGAUGUUAACUCGGGCUUGAUAGGGCCUCUGCUGGUCUGUAAACCAGGGACAUUGAUGAGUAGAAAAACCAAGAGCUUGCUGCAGGAAUUCGUGCUGCUCUUUGCUGUGUUUGAUGAAGGCAAAAGCUGGUACACCCAGCCCAACACUACAGAGAAUGCCUUUUCUGCAAACAGCGGGGCUCAGAUGCACACUAUCAAUGGCUUCAUGCAUUCCCCCCUACCUGAGCUCAAGGUGUGUCAGAAGAGGCCCAUCUACUGGUAUGUCAUUGGCCUUGGAACCAGACCUGAAGUCCACUCCAUUUUCUUCGAGGGACACUCUUUUCUUGUGAGAGACCACCGGCAGGCCACUCUGGACAUCUCCCCAGCCACGUUUCUCACUGCCGAGACUACGCCCAGAACCAAUGGCACGUUUCAGAUGUUCUGCCAAAUUCCAUCCCAUCAACAAGCUGGAAUGGAAACCUUCAUCAAGGUGGAUGCCUGUCCAGACCCACCUGAGAAGAAGAUGAGGAUGGCAGAGCCAAGUGAGGAUGAAGAUGAGUAUGAGGACUAUGAUAUGGAAACUGUGGUUAUCAAGAUGGAAGAUUUUACACCCAGGAUUACCGGCCGUUCCCGUGCCAAGAGGCUGUCUGUGAUGUGGGAGCAUUACAUUGCAGCAGAAGAGGUGGACUGGGACUAUGCCCCAGACAAGCGCUCCAACCAGGAUAAACAGUUUCUGGCACCUGGUCCCCAGCGGAUUGGCUCAAAGUACAAGAAAGUGAGAUUUGUGGAAUAUGAGGAUAGGACCUUCACGAGUCGGAAAGCGUCAAACCCAGCUCAUAUGGGGAUCCUGGGCCCGGUUCUCAAAGGAGAAGUUGGGGAUGAAUUUAUGAUUAUGUUUAAGAACCUCGCUGGACGGCCAUACAACAUAUAUCCCCAUGGCAUCAGCAACGUCACCUCGUUUUUCCAGCUGAAAAAGGCCAAAAAUCUCAAUAUGAAACUGUUGCCUAUUCGGCCUGGCCAGGUGUUUAUAUACAGGUGGAAAAUAAUGCCCGAGGACGGCCCAACCCGAUCUGAUCCCCGUUGCCUGACGCGCUACUAUUCCAGCUCCGUCAAGCCGGCUAAGGAUUUAGCAUCUGGGCUAAUCGGACCUUUACUCAUUUGCCUGAAAGAGACCAUGGACCAAAGAGGCAAUCAGAUUAUGUCGGAUGAAGCAAGGUUCGUGCUGUUUUCUGUCUUCGAUGAAAACCGCAGCUGGUAUUUGGCAGAGAAUAUCAACCGAUCCUGUUCUGAUGCCGCCAAUGUCAACCCCCGUGAUCCCAAUUUCUAUGCCUCCAAUGUCAUGCACAGCAUCAACGGCUACAUUUUCAAUAACCUAGAGAUACGGCUUUGCCGGAACGAAGUGGUGUAUUGGUACAUCCUCAGCGUCGGAGCCCAGACGGAUGUCCUGUCCGUAUUCUUCUCGGGAAAUACCUUCAAGCACAAUACAGUCUUUGAGGAGAUCCUCACGCUUUUCCCUCUCUCCGGAGAGACUGUCUUCAUGUCCAUGGAGAACCCAGGUAUAUGGACACUGGGAUGCUUGAAUCCUGACUUUAGAAAACGAGGAAUGAGUGCCAAAUUGAUUGUUUUCAAGUGCUCACAAGAAGUGGAGUCCGAGGAGGGAGAUUAUGAUUAUGAGGAAACCAUUCCAGAGGACUACAUGAUUCAAGCCAACAUCCUACAACCAAGAGGUUUCCGCAAGAAGAAAGCCCCUUUCCAGCCUUACAUAAAGACUGAUGAUAAUAAUAAUGCCAACUCUACUUCCAAUAAUGAAAUAUUGAAUAAAAAUCAACAUUCAGCUGUAUAUCUUGGACAACCCAACCAGUUUACCAAAUUAAACAGGAACACCAACUCUACAGACCCAUUAUCGCAACCUCAAGAAACGUUAUAUCUGGAUGACAUAUCUUCAUCUUCACCACAAGAUCCAUCCUUCAACAUGGUACCUAAUAAUGUUUUUUCAGCUGCAGAAGAAUCAAUCACACUGUCAACCCCAUCAACGCAAAGCUUCCAAGAACAUUUGAGAAACUCAUCUCUUGCUCAUGAAGAGCCACACCAUAAUGAGAGUUUAUUUGAGACCACAACUCAUCUGGGUCAUGAAAAACUUGGCUUAGAAAUGCCCAAAGAAAGAGAAAGAGCCGGGAUGCUACAAGAAUUGGUACAUUGGGAGAAAGGAGAGGAUAAAAGGCCACCUUCAUCUCAUCCAGUGGAAAAGGUGGAGAUAUUUCAUGAAAGUCCUGUUACCACAAAUCAAUCCAAAGAGGCGUUUGGUAAUGCAGUAUUUGCCGAAAAUCAGACUCUGAAGGCAAUAAUUGAUGGUAGCCUUUCAAAACUAAAUAAAAGAGGUCCAGGUUCCAUCACACUUGAAAGAACUCCAGUGGAAGGUGCAUUGAUGGCAAAUACAGUGUCGAAUGGGGAAGGAGUAUUGAAUGACAGCAAUUCCUUCAACAUGACCAGUGCAUCUGCAUCAUUAAAUGAUUUGGAAAAUGAGCCGGUUUUUCAAGAUAUAUCACUGGAAAUUCAAAACACUGGUCCGCCAAGAGCAACAACAAGCCCCGCAGUUAAAGAGGUAUUAUUGCAGAACUAUGACGCUGUCUCCCAAGAUCCAAACAAUGAUUCAUCUUAUAAAGCAAGCGGCCAAGAGAGCAAAACACUAGCAAUCAGAGAAUCAUUACAGUCAGUAUCACAUACUUCCAAAAUUAUGGAAAAUGAGAGCACCUCAACAUCUACAAGUGGAGAUCUAAAGGGAAUAAAUAGCAUACUUUUUCAGGUUGGGAAAGAGAAGAUGACGCAACUGAGAAUGGACAGAACGACUGAAAGCCCAGAUGUUUUGAAUGAACACAACUCCUUCUUUGCACAGAAUGGCAAGACAAUAGAUUCAGAUAGAUUGACUAGCUCCUUAAGCAUUAUAGACAAUGCUAUAUCUACUAAUGACAAGCUGGAUAGUAAUGAUAGAACACAUGCCUUUUACUAUUAUGAAGGAACAGAUAAUUUAACACACCAAGACAUUUCCCAAGAUGUUAACCAAGGCAACAAUCAAUCUGGAAGGGAGAACGAAGCCAUCCUCAGUAGGAGUCAACCCAAGAGUAUCCUACAUUCCUUAGAACCCCUAAAUACACUUACAGAGAAAAAUGUUACACAACUGAGGCCAACAGAUGCCAAAUUAAAGGUUUCUGAAGAAAAAGAAGAUGUUCUUCACCAAGGUCAUACAUUUUCGUUACAAUCAGUUGACUUGGGACAUGGCACCGUUUCUGAAGAGCCUGAAAGGAAAGGAGAGAGCCAGGUACGAUCGCAACUAGACUUUCAGAGUCAUGAAAAGUUGGCAGAUGAAACAAAGAUGACAUCCUGCAAACCGGGUUCCCCUGCAUGUGGUGGCCACUUGGAGAAACGGUCACUGAAGGUGCUUUCUGUCACAUCAAAAGAAACAAGUACAUCAAUGAUAAAUGAAACAAAAAGUUCUAGUGAAGCUGAAGGACAAGCUUUGCUCAGUGUUAAUAUGAAGAAGGGAAACAGUGAGGCUUCUAUACCAAAGGCAAAUAUCAUAGUUGAGGCAGCAGAAGGGAAUCAAAAAGCUUCUCCUGGCAGGACAACAGUUGCAUCUCCUCCACCAAACUCAGUCAGAUACGUCUCAGACUCACAUUCCAUGAACAUCUCUGUUUCUCAAUCAAAAAUAACAGAGACAAUCACUCAAGAUGGAAGCAAACAAAACUCAAAAGUCGGACGCUUCAUUCAACUGGAGGAUGCCAAAAGUACUAAUGCGAUUCCUGAGUCUAGGGGAACAAUAACUUUGAGAGACUAUUAUAUAAAAAACAAACCAGGACUGAGCCCCACUGUCGUUGCAGGAAGAGAGCACACAGAUGUCACUUCGACCCCCCAGAAGACCACUGAGCAGACCAAUGAGGUUGGACUUACUGAAGCAAAGGAAUCCCCAGCGAUGCAGUGUGUUGAUCUAGAAACUCCUUUGGAAUCACAUCUGAGAGAUUCUGGUGUAGAUUAUGAGCAAACAUUAAGGAACGAGUCUUUGUUUGGUGCCACAAAAAGGGAGGAGCUUGGGAUUUCAACCAAAAGGGCCUCAGCAGACAAUGAUGUGCUUGCUCAAGAGGACUCGACCAUCAACCAGAACCUCCAAGAUGAACCAACGGAUGAAGUCAAGGAAUUUGGUGGUGAAGGAGGCAAUAUUCCUCCCCUCAGGAGUAAACAGGGGGGAGGAACAGAGGCCGACAUUCAGACACCCAGGAAAGGUGAAAGCACAGAAAUGAUCAAUUCCAUAUCACCUUCUGGCUUCAGCAGACCAGUCAAGACAAACUUCUCAAAGAAUCUGAAAGGGCCAUCUGACUAUGACGACUACAGUAACACAGAAGAGACCUUGGAGGAAUUUGACAUUUAUGGAGAAGAUGAGCAUGAUCCACGGACUAUGACAGGGAAAGUACGGCAAUAUUACAUUGCAGCGGUUGAAGUGAUGUGGGAUUAUGGAAGUCAUCUUCCUUCACCGUAUCUCCCAGACCAGGAUUUGAAGAACAAGCCAUCCACGAAGUAUAAGAAAGUUGUCUACAGAGGGUACCUUGAUCGGACCUUUACUCAGCCAUAUGUCUGCGGAGAGUUGGAUGAACAUUUGGGCAUCUUGGGGCCAUAUAUCCGGGGACAGGUUGGAGAUGUCAUCAUGGUGACAUUUAAGAACAUGGCUUCUCGCCCGUACUCCUUCCAUUCCAACUUGCUGCCCUACGAGGGAACGAUGGAAGAGCGGCGGCAGCCGUGGAGGGAGGAAGUGCAGCCAGGCGAGAUCAGGGAGUAUUCCUUCACGGUCUUGCAGCAAAUGGCUCCUACGACCCAUGAAUUUGACUGCAAAGCGUGGGCAUACUUCUCUAGUGUGGAUCUGGAGAAAGACCUACACUCCGGUCUCAUUGGGCCCCUGGUGAUCUGCCACCCUGGUGUGCUGAGCUCGACCCACCUUCGGCAACUGUCUAUCCAGGAAUUCACUCUGCUGUUCAUGGUCUUUGAUGAGACAAAAAGCUGGUAUUAUGUUGAGAACCUCGAGAGAACCUGCUUGCCCUUCUGUGGAGUCAGUACAGAUGAUCUUGUCUUGAAAACAAACCAUUCAUUCUAUGCUAUCAAUGGCUAUGUGAGAGACACGUUGCCAGGGCUUGUGAUGGGUCAACACCAGAGGGUCAGGUGGUACCUGCUGAAUGCAGGUGAUGCUGAGGAUAUCCAUUCUGUCCACUUCCACGGACAAGUCUUCACCAUCAGAAAGGACCAAGAGUACCGCAUGGGGGUCUACAACCUCUAUUCUGGAACGUUUGAAACGGUGGAAAUGCAGCCAUCCCAUCCUGGGAUUUGGCGCGUGGAGUGUGCCGUUGGGGAGCAUGAGCAGGCUGGAAUGAGCGCCCUGUUCUUAGUGUAUGACAAGCGGUGUCAAACGCCUUUGGGCCUGGCUUCUGGGUACAUUGCAGACUCUCAGAUUACAGCGUCAAGUCACCAUGGUGAAUGGGUCCCGAGUUUAUCCAGGUUGCACAAAUCGGGGUCAAUCAAUGCCUGGAGUACGGACCAGGAGAAAGCUUGGAUUCAGGUGGAUCUGCUGCAUCCAAAGAUCAUCCAUGGAAUCAAGACGCAAGGAGCACGUCAAAAGUUCUCCAAGCUCUACAUUUCCCAGUUUGUCAUCUUCUACAGCCUGGAUGGCGAGAGGUGGAAGGCUUAUAAAGGCAAUGCCACCAGCUCUGAGAUGUUAUUCUUUGGAAACGUGGGUGCGACUGGUGUGAAAGACAAUUCCUUCGACCCUCCGAUUGUCGCGCGCUAUAUCCGCCUUCGCCCGAACUACUUCAACAUCCGCAACACGUUACGCAUGGAGCUCAUCGGCUGUGACCUGAACAGUUGCUCCAUGCCGCUGGGAAUGGAAAGCAAAACCAUCUCCGAUGAACAGAUCUCAGCCUCUUCCUACAUUGACAGUGUCUUCACCACUUGGUCCCCCUUUCAAGCCAGGCUUCACUUGGAGGGCAGAACCAAUGCUUGGAGACCAAAGGUGGAUGGCACGGCCGAAUGGCUCCAGGUGAACUUUCUGAAGACCAUGCGGUUGACAGGGCUGGUGACCCAAGGUGCAAAGGCCGUCUUCACCCACAUGUUUGUGCAGGAAUUUUCUCUCUCAAGCAGCCAGGACGGCACACAUUGGAGUCCUGUUUUGCGAGAUGGAAAAGAGAAGAUUUUCCAGGGAAAUCAAGAUCAUGUCAGCCCAGUGGUAAAUUUCCUGGAUUCUCCCAUUUUUGCGCAGUAUUUGAGGAUACACCCACGCCGCUGGAAUAAACACAUUGCGCUGCGGAUAGAGAUUUUGGGCUGCGACACCCAGCAAAUGAUCUAGUAUGGAUCAAUCUAUAUUUUAUCUCCAUGAGGAUCUUUCAGGCUCCUGAGACACAUUCAAAGGGGAUCCAGUACCAGAAGAGCUGAAAUUACCAAUGCUGACAGUAAAAGAACAUCGCCUGCCUAUUGUUUGAUAACAGCAAUUUUGUAAUAUAAGAGUAUUAAAGUAACUGGAAAUGAUUUUUAAAAUAGA